AUGCUUUCAUGGCCACGUUUAGUGCAACCGAAAAAAAAAUGUGAUCAGGCUCGUAAAGCCUCAUGUAAACGUCGAGUUCAUACUGACAAUCCACCAACAACAAUUUUAUAUGAAUCUGAUAAUCAUAAUCAUUUUGGUAAUGUCGUUUCAAGUGAUAUUAGAAGAUUUGAAGAAAAUGCGCGUUUUCAUGCUCUUAAUACCAAUGAAGGAACACAAAGUAUAUUAGACAAUCGUUUACGUAAUUUGCUCAAUGGUCUACCAACAAUUCCACAUGACAAAACAUUCGAGAAAAUUCCGGAUAAGUUAUGUGUAACAUUACGUAAUAAUCAACUUUUACAAUUUGAUACUGGUCCUGGUAGUGAUCGAAUAAUUAUAUUUUCAUCAAAUAGACAAUUGCGAUUACUUGAGGAUACUAAACACAUAUUGGUUGACGGCACUUUUAGGGUUACGCCAACAAUGUUCUAUCCAUUAUAUGUUAUACAUGUAUUAUAUAAAGAUUCUGUUAUACCAACGAUUUUUGCAUUAUUACCAAAUAAAACUCACCAAACGUAUCAACAACUCAAUGAAAUAGUUCAACAUUGUCCCUGGUGGAAUCCUGAUUAUAUAACGAUGGAUUUCGAACGAGCAGCUUAUAAUGCUUUUCGGAUAUUAGGUUUCAAAACUAAUUACGAAACUGAUCCAAUAUUUGCACACAAUGUACAUAAAAUUAGUGCACUUGUUUUUCUUCCGGUGUCCGAUGUCGGCCAAGGUUUUGAUGAUUUAUAUAAUGCAUUACCAUCAUUAUAUCAACCAUUACUUAAUUAUUUUGAAGACACAUAUUUAGGUAGACAUCGACCAACUGGUAGAUCAGAUCUAUUAUUCCCAAUUGAAUUUUGGAAUAUGUAUCAAAGAACAACUGAACUAUCUAUGCGCACAAAUAAUUCAGCUGAAUCAUGGCAUCGUGGUUUAAGUUCUGUUAUGCAAUGUCAAUAUCCAUCUCUUUGGUCUUUUAUAACUAGUUUACAAAAUGAAGAAAAUUCUAUACAUUGUCAAACAAUCAAACUUAAUGCUGGAUAA